AUGCCAGCAACCGAGGAUUGGACCGUGGUGAGGCCCAAGUCUCGUCGUUCGAGACGGGGCCAAGGCUCCACUUCAACCUCUCACCCCUUCCCCCAGCCUUCUCGGGCUGUCUCCUACCUUACCAAGGAGGAAAUCCAGAAAGACUUUGACAACUUCAACGCUCAGUUCCAAACCUCUCCAGGUGCUGCUUCUCUCCGAGAUACCAUCACUGAAUUCGUCUCUGAUGCUUUGUCCGAUGGCAACGACAAGCCCGUCAUCCAGGCCAUCAGCCUGGGCAUUGGAUCUUUUGAUCCUACCGAUGGGAGCUGGCAGCUCAAGAGAAGAGCGCAUACGCAACUUGCCGCCAUGCUGUUCAUGGUCCGCUUGCUAGAGGAGAAAACCAGCAGCGGUCCCAUCAAAUGCAUCUUUCAGGAGCCCAUCUUCACCUCAGGUGACAUCGCUUUCCUCACUGCAAUGGGCCAUCAAGUGGUCGAUUCGCCCGUCGCCAGCAACUCGGUCAACGCUGGAACCCUCUUCUUCGGCCCCCAUUUGUACAAAGAAGUCUACGGCAAGGCACUCAAGGGAGAGUUACCAUCAGUUUGGGUAGGCACUGACUGGGUUGUCUGGUCCAAAACCUUUAUUUCGCCGUCAAAAGAAGAAGAAGAGCACCUUCUCGCCAUUAAGAAGAUGCAUGAGACGUAUAAGCACGUCACCUUCCCAGAAGACGACAAAGACAGCACAAUCUUUUAUGCAACCUCCCUCUACCUCAGAUACCCAGAGAAUCAGGCGGCUGCCUCCGUAGAAGAAGCGGCUGCUGCUGAGAUGAACUACGUCGAGGUCAAAGACGAAAUCAAAGAAGAGCCUUCUGAGACUAGCAACGGCAAAGUCAAAGAAGAGCCUACUGAGACGUACGUCAGAGCCAAAGAAGAGCCAGCUGAGACGAAGUACGUCAACGUCAAAGACGAGCCAGCUGAGACAAACAACGUCAGAGCCAAGCAGAAGCCUAUUAAGACGUACAGCCUCAAAGCCAAGCAGAAGCCUAUUCCUGAGAGGUACAAUUUCAGAGGCAAACGAGAGCCUACUGCGAAGGAUGACGUUGAGAUCAAAGAAGAGCCUUCUGAGACGAACGACGUCGAAAUCAAAGAAGAGCUUACUGAGACGAACGACGUUGAAAUCAAAGAUGAGCCUACUGAGACGAACGACGUUGAAAUCAAAGAUGGGCCUGCUGAGACGUAUAACUCCGGAGUCAAGCAAGAGCCUGCUGAGACGAAUUACGUUGAAAUCAAAGAUGAGCCUUCUGAGACGUAUAACUUCAGAGCCAAGCAAGAACCUACUGAGACGGACGACGUCAAGGUCAAAGAAGAGUCUACUGAGACGAGCUAUGCCGGAGUCAAACGAGGGCCUUCUGAGACGAACUACGCCGGAGUCAAACGAGAGCCCUCCGAGAUGUACAGCCUCAGAGUCAAACGAGAGCCCUCCGAGACGUACCAAGUCUACAUCAAAGAAGAGUCUGUUGACUGGUACGAUAUCUACAUCAAACAAGAGCCUGUUGACUGA